AUGUCAGUGGUUGAUGAAUUUCUGAGUGUUAAAAUUCCAUCAGUCAUAUAUAAAGAUGACUGUGGUUAUUGUUAUGAAACAAUGUAUAAUGAAGAGGGAGAGCUGUCACAUCAUCUCAACGUUUGUCUUUCUUGCUACCAAAGUUUUUGCGAUGCUCAUUUAGAUUUGCAUGGCCAUGUUGUUCAAAGUGCAUUGAAUGAGCACCAUGACUUUUUCCUUAAGCUGAGCAAGGUUAAAAAGCAAGCGUCCGAGGAACGCACGGAGAAGAAGCUGAAGCUAGAGAUUAAAGAAAAGGCUGAAGAUGAAAUUUAUGACACGCUUUGGUGGUUGGUGAAAGGAGGCGUUUGCUCAGUUGAUUACACUACUCCUGGAUUGGACUUAACUGUUCAAGAUAAAGUUGCUCAGAUAUUGAGAGCGCAUUCUAAGAAUUUUGAACAAAUGGCUCAGUCUUGGCAGUUGGAAAUUAGAUCUUGCAAGCACGUUGAAUCUUUUCAAAUGCCACCAGGUCCAUCAGAUAAUAUAUCUAAAUGCUGCGGAAAGUGUGACCUUGCUACAAAUCUUUGGUUAUGUCUACACUGUGGUCAUGUUGGCUGUGGUCGACAACAAGUUGGCAUUGAUGGACACUCACAUGCUCUAAAGCAUUUUGAAGAGCAUCCAGAUCAUUCUUUGGCCGUAAAAUUGGGCUCAUUAAGUGAUGUGUCAGCUGAUGUGUACUGCUACGCUUGUGAUGAUGAAGUAAAAUUUGCAAAUCAAGACGAAUGGAGGAAUCUGCUUGCACACUGGAACAUUGAUCUUAAAGACAAGGUAGCUCAAGAAAAGACUCUUGUGGAACUUCAAGUCGAGCAAAAUAUGAAUUGGGAUUUUCAGAUGGUGGACUCCCAAGGCCAUGAAUUGCAACAUUUACAAAGCAGCAAAGAGUAUGGUUGUGGUUUAAUUAACUUGGGAAAUUCCUGUUACAUGAACUCAGUUCUUCAGGUGUUCUUCAACGGUGGUGUUUCGAAAUGGUCUGUAGAAGGUCUAGGGGAUUUUCCUGUCGAUGUGGUCUAUCCUUCCACCAACUUAAAGUGCCAAUUGAUCAAACUUAGAAAUGCUGUUGUCGACAAUCCUGCAAGAUACUCGAAGGGAAUAAGACCUUCGAGUUUCAAAGCAUGCCUUGCAGGAUCUGACGAAGAGUUUCAAUCAGGGAGGCAACAAGAUGCAAUGGAGUUUUUGUCUUUUUUUGUGGAUGCAUUAGACAAGAAGAUUUUCAAUAGCUCCUCUACAAAUCCUGAUGAUCAUAUACGCUUCAUGCUUGAGGAUAGGAUUGAAUGCAAUAAUUGCCAUGGAGUUAAAUAUAUUUCCCAAGCUAGUGAGUUUUUGCAAAUUCCGCUAUCAGAAUCUGAAGAGCCUCAGAAUUUAAUUGACUGUCUCGAACGAUUCUUCAAAGGAGAAACAUUGGAAUUCAAGUGUCCUCAGUGCAAAAAACUGAUAUCUGCUACAAAAUAUUCUAGAUUUCAGACCUAUCCUAAUACCUUGAUCAUCAACCCCUCUAGAAUCAAGCUAGAUAAUUGGAUCCCUGUAAAAACAGCUGCUGAACUAACACUUCCUGGAGUGAAUCCUGAUGACGACACAAGGUUACAAUUAGGGCAGUACAAGUCUAGGGGUUUUGAUAGUAAUAAUGAAACUCUGUUACCGGAAGAUGAUGAUUCGGCUUUUAAGCCUCAAGAGGAGGCUCUAAGUCAACUAAUGGAAAUGGGGUUCUCAAGCAAUGCAGGAACCAGAGCGUUGUUUCAUACUGGAAAUAAUGACACAGAAGCAGCGAUGAACUGGCUAUUCUCGCAUGUCGAUGACUCGGAUUUGAAUGACGUAUUCAAGCCCGACUCCAAAUCUUCAGAUAUUGUGGAUCCCUCUGCCUUGGAGUCCCUCAUUGCAAUGGGUUUGGAUUCUAAGCUUUCACGGAAAUCAUUGAUAUUAAAUAAAGGUGAUAUUAAUGCGAGUGUCGAGUGGGUAUUCAAUAAUAUGGAUGACGACGGUUCGAUAGAAGAAGAGCCUUCAUUGAAAAAAACAGUGCAGUUGUAUGGAGACUCAAAUGCAGAGCACGCACAGUAUGCCCUCCGUGCGGUGGUUUGCCAUAAGGGAAAUUCUGUACACUCUGGACAUUAUGUCGCAUUUAUCAAAAAAGUAAUUGAAGGUCAAUCCAAAUGGGUGUUGUACAAUGAUGAAAAGAUGGUUGUGGCAGAUGACCCCAAAAAUAUUGAGGAAAUCAAAAAGAAUGGCUACAUAUAUCUAUUUUCUAAAUAG